CCCGCCCCUAGGAGCCAUUGGUUGCGCAUGCCCAGUCUGAGUCAAUUUCUCCUUCGCUGUGCCCUGUAGCGGGAUACUUCAUAUUGUUAAAGAGCGAUUCGCCUCAAAAAAAAGAGAGAGUCAUGGCCGAGAAAAGUCUGCCUGAGCAAAUGAAGGGAACAUGCAAGAAGGAGGUGGUGAGCAAAAGCCCCUGCGGAACAUGCUGCCACCGCCCGUCUGCUCCUGGCACAAUGGCUGUUCCUCCUUCAUACUCAGACCUUGGGAAAUCUGCCAAAGAUAUCUUCAGCAAGGGCUAUGGCUUUGGCGUUGUUAAACUAGACCUGAAGACCAAGUCUCAAAGCGGAGUUAUGGAGUUUGCCACGUCCGGCUCCAACAACACGGACACAGGGAAGUCCGGGGGUCACCUGGAGACCAAGUACAAAGUGAAGGACUUGGGCCUCAGCUUCAACCAGAAGUGGAACACUGACAACACCCUGACCACGGAGAUCACCAUGGAGGACCAGCUGGCACUGGGCCUGAAGCUGGGCUUGGACACAUCAUUUGUGCCCAACACCGGCAAGAAGAGUGCCAAGCUGAAGUCCAGCUACAAGCGGGAGCUGGUCAACGUGGGCUGCGACCUGGACUUCGACAUGGCUGGCCCCACCGUCCAUGGAGCCGCCGUGCUCGGCUACGAGGGCUGGCUGGCGGGCUACCAGAUCGCCUUCGACACGUCAAAGUCCAAGCUGGCCAAGAACAACUUUGCCCUGGGCUACAAGGCCGGAGACUUCCAGCUCCACACCAACGUGAACGACGGGACAGAGUUCGGCGGGUCCAUUUACCAGAAGGUGAACAGCAAUCUUGAGAUGGCAAUCAACCUGUCCUGGACCGCUGGCAGCAACAACACACGCUUUGAGAUUGGAGCCAAACAGCAGCUGGAUAAGAACACCUUCCUUUCUACCAAAGUGAACAACGCCUGUAUGGUUGGAGUAGGCUACACGCAAACCCUCAGACCAGGAGUGAAACUCACCCUCUCAGGUCUGGUUGAUGGGAAGAACUUCAACAGUGGAGGGCACAAGGUCGGCGUGGGUUUCGAACUCGAAGCAUAAGAGUCUUAAGAAGGCUGACGAAAAAAGCAAGAGAAAGAUGCAUUUUUUCAGAAUAUAAGCCAAGACCCUAAAUGUAACGAAACCGAAGACUCCUCCCACACACACAAACACACAUAUACACAAUUAUUUGCCUUAAUACCACAUCAAUCCAAGUUUUAAGAACGCAAGUGCAGAAUUUGAAGUGAAUCUUGCAUGUAUUUGAUACAUGAGCAUUCUACGGCUCUGUGUGCAUCCCUCCCAUCUAUCACACACAAUCGAUAUGAAACACCUGUAUAAUUGACUAUCACCUCCCAUUGCCGAAAUAGAUUAUGUUUAAGAUAAGAGAGUUUUGAUUUGUAUUACAUAGGCAAUAACGGCAGGUAAGGUAUCUCUGAAGUUUGAAGUUGGUGCUUUUAGAUCCAAAGGGGGGCUUGGUUACACUUCCAGAACAGCAGCAGGUUCACUUUAGAAUAGUACUUAAACAGAUGCGAUGCAAGUUGGAGUAAACGGGACUGACAAAGAGAGACUGAUUCCUUUAGGUUGACAGAACAGUUCAAUAUUUGGAUUUAAUGUUCAACCUUGUGAACAUUUAUAAUGUGUACCUACAGUUGCCUGAAAACCUCUGUUUCGGGUUAGUUACCAGGGAUUGUUAACUUCUCUGUCAUAUACUUGUUGGGUCUAUUCUUUUUAGUCCUGUAACUGUUUUCUUGCCCUGUAAUCCUGUCUUCGCUGUUCUUUGAAAGAAAAUCCCCAGUCAGGACCUCACCCUGAUUUACUGAAUUCAUUUAAUAAAGAAUGUAAAAUACCAA